AAUAUCCGUGAGGUUACGUAACCAUCAGUUUGGAAAAUAUUUUCCUCAUAAAAACGGGAAAGAACUCCCUCGACUAGGGUAACAUUGCAGGCUUUGUUGACUUGCCUGAAUAGCAGGUUCUUUGUUACUUUUUUCUUGCCUCUCUAAUUUUGAAAAUUAUUCAGAUACCCUUUUUCCAGCACUAAAUUGCGACCACAUACUGCCCCUUCCUUCUGUAUAUAAGAUAAUGCGGGGCAUCUCCAUGAAACCACACCAACUCCAUAGAAUGGAGUCCUCAAGAUCUGCGUAUCACGUUUGUUUGUUUCUUCUUCUUCUUCACGUUCUUGCCCCAUUAGCAGCCUCUGAUUCAGUUUACCAGAGCUUGCUUCAAUGUCUGUCUCAGCAUUCAAGCCCAUCUAAUGGUGACAUCUCUUCAAUAGUUUACUCCCAGACCAAUCCUUCCUUCACAUCCGUCCUACAGUCUUACGUCCGUAACCUCCGAUUCAAUACAUCAACCACUCGGAAGCCUGAUCUUAUACUCACCCCUUUGCACGAAUCUCAUGUUCAGGCCGCCGUUAUCUGCUCAAAGUCCACCGGCAUGCAGCUCAAGAUCCGCAGCGGCGGCCAUGACUACGAAGGGAUCUCUUAUGUUUCCGAUGUCCCAUUUAUCAUUCUCGAUAUGUUCAAUCUCCGCUCCAUCAGUGUUGAUAUCAAACGCGAAACUGCCUGGGUUCAAGCCGGCGCAACUCUCGGAGAACUCUACUACAGAAUAUGGGAGAAGAGCAAACGCCACGGCUUUCCCGCCGGCGUCGGCCCUACCGUCGGCGUCGGCGGCCACAUCAGCGGCGGCGGCUACGGCAACAUGUUGAGGAAGUACGGAUUGUCAGUUGAUCAUGUCCUCGAUGCGCAGAUUGUUGAUGUUAACGGAAAAAUUUUGGACAGAAAGGCCAUGGGGGAAGAUCUGUUUUGGGCGAUUAGAGGCGGAGGCGGCGCUAGUUUUGGGGUCGUUCUCUCCUAUACUUUGAGAUUAGUUCCUGUUCCGGAAACCGUCACUAUUUUCCGCGUGGAGAAAACAUUGGAAGAAAACGCUACAGAUCUUGUUUACCGAUGGCAAUUUGUGGCGGACAAGAUCGACAAUGAUCUGUUCAUGAGGCUGCUUCUUCAACCCAUCACUUCCAAACAGACGAAGGGGAAGACGGUUAGAGUAUCGGUUGUCUCACUGUUUCUCGGAGACGCCCAAAGGCUUCUCGCCCUGACUGGCAAGGAAUUUCCGGAAUUGGGUUUGAAGAAAGAGGAUUGUACGGAAAUGAGUUGGAUCGAAUCCGUUCUUUAUUGGGCAAACUUCGACAACGGAACUUCCACCGACGUUCUGCUCGACAGAAGCCCUGACUCGCUUAACUUCCUGAAAAGGAAAUCAGAUUACCUCCAGAGACCAAUUUCCAAGGCCGGAUUAGAAGCGCUGUGGAAGACGAUGAUUCAGUUGGGGAAGACGGGGCUGGUGUUCAACCCGUACGGCGGGAGAAUGAGCGAAAUUCCGGCAUCGGAAACGCCGUUCCCGCAUCGUGCAGGGAAUAUAUGCAAAAUCCAGUACUCGGUGAAUUGGGACGAAGCAGGAAUCGAAGCGGACAAGACCUAUAUAGAUCAGAUUAGAAGGCUCUACAGUUACACUGCUCCUUUGGUGUCGAAGUCUCCGAGGGCUGCUUAUAUCAACUAUAGAGACCUUGACAUCGGCGUGAAUAGCCAUGGCCGGACCAGCUACAUGGAAGGAAGCUCCUACGGCCGCAAAUAUUUUAUGGGUAAUUUUGAUAGAUUGGUUAAAGUGAAGACCGCGGUCGAUCCAGACAACUAUUUUCGGAAUGAGCAGAGCAUUCCGCGUCUUUAAUAAUGAAAAAACAGAAGAUCGAAGAUAGAUUAAUACAUACAAUAUUAGUUCGGAUUGAUCAUUUGCCCUUUGGCGUGUUUAAAAGUAGGAAAUUUUCGCCCUAUCAUUGUUUACUGCAAAGUUAAAAAUUAUAUGGUUGAUUUUUACUUUUUCC